CAAAUUUAUUAUUUAAUUUAAUAUGUAUUCGUAGAUAUUUAUAUUGAUUUGAGCACACCUAAACAUUAUUUCAUUGAAAUUGCGUAAUUCUCGUAAAAGUCAUCGAUUUGUUAUCAAACAAUACCCCAGAAUAAAUAAGAAUUCAAAAAUAAUAAUGUAGUUAUACAGUAAUAUAACAUUGCAUAAUAAAAUGGCAUCAAUAAAAUAGUCUAAAUAAUAGCUAACUUACUGAAUUAAAAAAAUUAUAAACAUUUAUAUGUCACAUAAAUAAUUUUUUUUUUUACUUUUGAUUGUUAAAUUGUUACGUCAGUCACGACAUCAGGAUUGAAAAGAAUGGUCAUCCCUGCGUUUGCUCCGAUUUCUUUCGAUUUGGCACGCACCUGACGCGAAGGCUCGCGUGAAUGCCGCGAGUGAUAGCACUCGAAACAAUGGGAGCGUACGUGGACCCCAGGUGUUGUUUACUCCAGUUUACUCGUCAAUGAGUAUCUCCCUAUAGGCCGGGGAGCGUGGGAAGAUGAGCGAAUUCGACGACGCGAGAGGAACCGUUCGUGACUUAUUGGCAGACCAGCAUCUCCAUUCGUCGAGACGGACGUAACUUUUUUCCCUCGUGUACCGCGUCGUGUGCGUUGACUCAUACCUGCUCGUGCCUGCACAUUCCGAACGUGUAACUCAUAAACGCUAUGACGCGGAAGGGUGGCCGGGACUGAGGCGCGACUCGCAAUUAAUAUGAAACGCAAUAAAAUUCGUUCGCAAAGUGACAAAAUGAUAAUCGCGUCCCUCUUGCUCCUCUGCGGCGUUCAUUUCGCGUGCGCUCAGAAGUACGAGGGUUGUUUCCGGAGUUCCGAUCACGGGCUAGCCGUCCCGGGCUUGGCGCACGCCAGCACGCCCGCCGAGUGCAUCGAAAAAUGCCGUUCCCAGUAUUACAUGUUCGCGGCGCUAAUGAACGGCCAGCAGUGCUACUGCGUCAGCAAAUUCGGCCAGGACGGCCCGUCGAGCAGCUGCACUGUCCUCUGCGCCUCCGAUCCCGAUAACUAUUGCGGCAGCUACGAAGCUAUGAGCGUUUACGCUACCGGUCAGCAAGGGCCAAGUCCACCGAGGAGGAUACUGGUAGUCGUGGAGGAAAGAGAUGCUCUCAGGAUAAUCUGGCAGCCGCCAGACAUACCCAACGGGAACGUGACAUUUUACACCGUCCGCGCUGUCGUCGUGAAAAGCUACUCGAGCAACAUCUUGCCACCUAUCGAGAGUCAGAUACAAGGCGGUGCGACGAACAUGACGACUCUGAGAGGUCUUCAGCCUGGCACUACGUACAACAUAUCCGUUACCGCCAGCAACAUGCAGGGGACGAGCGAUCCGGCGUACAUCGUGGCUUGGACCCUGAUAGGUCCCCCCGACAAGCCCGCCAUGCCCGAAAUACUGGAACGCGGGGACAGCACGAUUAUCGUUAAGCUUACCGAGGGUCACAGCGAGUACGGACCGAUCAGCGCGUACCAGGUUGUUGUUGCGCAGGCUGGCACUAUACCUCCGGUCGACUCUCUCGUCGAGUAUUCAAACUACGACAGCGCGUCGCAGCAGGGCUUAAAUUAUUACGUUACCGCGCAAUUCGACCCGUCGGAGUUUUACAGAUACAAAAAGUUCGUCGUAGGCGAUGGAAAGAUGAUCGGUGGUUACUACAACGUCCCGUUGAAGGGCCACUACGUUUCCGCGCAGGUCGGUUUGGCGAUAAUCUCGCGAAUAGGAACGAACGUGGAACGUUCCUACUCCGAUUUGGCGAAUAACGUGUUCAAACGUGAGACGACGGCCACGAAUCGAAUGGACACGACCGCUCUUGUGCUUUGCAUAGCGAUCACGCUGCUGAGUAUAUUACUCGCCGCCUCGAUACUGGUGUACUUCGUGCUGCGACGGCGACACGAGAGAUUUCACAUGCGCAAGCUGCCGGAGCAGCAGGAGCUCACGCUGCAGGGUCCGGUGUACGAGGUGGACAAUAUGGGCUACAUUCCGGAGGACAUCCCCGAGAGAGUGAAUCACUAUCAAGAACUGAAGAAGAAAGUCUGGAGCAUACCGCGAAACGCCCUGUCCGUCGACAGUCACGUCGUGCGUAGAGGACGAUUCGGCAGCGUGCACACCGGGACCGUUUUAAAGGACGACGGCGCCUGUCCGGUAACGGUGCACACCAUAGCCGACGGCGGCCUGAAGGGAUCCGACAAGAAGCACAUGCUGAGAGAAUUGGACGUGUGCAUCCGCGCGGGCUCCAUGAAGUAUCUCGCCGGUCUCGUGGGAACCUGCGAGACCACCGACAUGCUCUACGUCGUGCUGGAGCUGCCGCCGCAGAUUCUGAAGAAUCGUCUGUUGAGCGCGCGAUCGGGAGACGUGUUCCCGGUAGAUCGGUUACUGUCCAUCUCGUCCUCGAUAGCGGUCGCCUUGCAAUACCUGGCGAGCCAUAAGAUCGUCCACAGUCGCCUCUGUGCGCGAAGCGUGGGGCUGUUGAGCGAUUGGACGCCGAAGCUCAUGGGUCACGGUAUCGCCAAGUACGCCCUGGAGGACGUCAAAUACGCGAGGUGGACGGCCGUCGAGUGCUUCGACAAUCAGAAGAAACAUCAGCCGGGCGUGAUAUGGGCGUUCGGCGUGCUUCUCUGGGAGAUGUUCAGCAUGGGCGGCACACCGUACUCGAGUUUGUCGCUCGACAGCGAGGUGGAGGACGCGGUCACGCGAGGUGUCCGGCUACCGCAAUUGUUGGACGUCACAGACCCGAUUUACGAGGUCAUGUCGUCCUGCUGGCGAGACGAUCCUGAGGAGCGGCCGACGUUCGACGAACUCGCACGAUUGGAUACCUUGAGCAUUUGUCCUAUCACUGCAAUCACGGAGCCGUACUUACCGGAACUGGAGCUGAAUUAACGUUCUUAUUUGCGUAUCUUUAGACUGCAUAUCUGCAUUUACGUAGUAACAUAUCGAAGGUUGUAAAUAUCUCAUUGUGUUCACGAGAAUCUCGUAGAUUUUAUCGUUACCAAUGUAUGCGUAUGUUUAUGUGGCAUAUCCGCAUUUUAUCUCUGACAUCCCAAACUUAAAUUUUAUUACGAUUAAUGUAAGCAACGUAAGGUAAAUGUUACGAAGGCACUCAUACUAAUUCCGUCCAUGUUUAGAAGAAUAACUGAGAUUAGUAUGUAAGUAACGAAGUUAAGAUAAAAGAUUAUAAAUACCUACAUAGAUAUAAUCGAACAUUAUGGUAGAAAAUGAUUUUAUUUUUUCAACUUUUCUACAUUACAUUUGUUCGCAAAUCCGUUGUCAAUCUUUUACAUGAGAUUUUAAUUUACAGCCAGUACCAGGGCAGAGAAAAUACUUUACCUAUUGGUUUUGUGAUCUAUAAUAUUUUUAUAACAUCUUCUAGUUACUAAUAUUCAUGUUGUCGUACUUAUUUGAGAUAAUGCUGUCACUUCAAAAGUACAAAUAUAUUAUUACCAAAUUAAUACGCGCGUAUCUCUAACGCAUGUAUCUUUAAAUGGAUAAAUAAUCAGCAAAAUUAUCGCGAAGAAUAACAUUUGAAUAUAAAAAAAUGUAAUAUUUUGAAGACGUUAGGAUGUUAUUAUUCCUUUUAAGUAUUUAUCUCGAAUGUUUCAUACAUGAUUUAUGCCAUAUGAAUCAUAUUUUUGCUUUAAGUUGCAAUAUCGAUUUUACUAAUACGUAUUUUUUAAUUUGUCAAUUAUGACGUACUUUUCUGUUGUAUAUGUUCCGUCCUUUUUUUAUAGAAGCUUGUAUACUUUGUAUUAUGCAAGUCUUUUUUUUAAUAAAAAAUAUAUGUCAUUAUAUUAUAACGUUAUGAUAUAAUGUUUAUGUAUAAUAUUAAG